ACUGCAUUUCUUGUGCAAAACCAACCAAAAGAAACAGAAGCAAAGCACAAACACAACAGCCAUGGCUCACCACUUGUACUUUUUCCUCUCUUUCCUAGUAACCCUAGCGGCCAUUGAAGGCAUUCAUGCAGUUGACUACGUAGUCACCAACACCGCCGGGAACACUCCUGGUGGGGUUCGCUUUAACAAUGUUAUUGGAUCUAAAUACAGCAGGCAAACCUUGGUUUCUGCCACGAAUUACAUACGGAGGCUCCUCCAGCAAAACGACGCUGCCGAUAGAAAGAACGUGCUGAAAGUGAGUUUGUUCAUUGACGACAUGGAUGGAGUUGCAUAUGCCAGCAACAACGAGAUCCAUGUUAGUGCGAGAUACAUCAACGGCUAUUCCGGUGACGUGAAAAGGGAAAUCACUGGAGUGCUUUACCAUGAAAUGACACAUAUAUGGCAGUGGAAUGGUAACGGGUUGACUCCUGGAGGAUUGAUCGAAGGAAUUGCUGAUUUUGUGAGGUUGAAGGCAGGGUACGCGCCAAGCCACUGGGUGCAGCCUGGACAAGGUGAUCGAUGGGACCAGGGAUACGAUGUUACAGCUCGGUUUCUAGACUAUUGCAAUAGUCUUAGAAAUGGGUUCGUGGCUGAGUUGAACAAGAAAAUGAGGAGUUCAUAUAAUUCUACUUAUUUUGUUGAACUGCUCGGGAAGUCGGUUGAUCAGCUCUGGAAAGACUAUAAGGCCAAGUACGGAAAUUAAAAGGGCUUGUACUAAUUAAUAGUGUAUUAAUAGAAUAAAUAUUGUAUCCUGCAUCAUUAUAUUUGAUGAAAUAAAUAAAUAAAUUCUAUCCG